AUGGACUCACAAAAUCGACUGGAUGCCUCCCAAAGGCAGUCGCAAAGAAACAUGGACGCAAGAGCUCAACUUUCGGAGGAUGAACUGGCACGGGAACGAGGACAACAGCGAAAUAGGAUUCGAUCAUCAGCGAGGGAUCUGUACCACAGGAACAUUAAGGAAGGCCCAACGGCUAUUUGUAUUUGCUGUGGAGGAACAUGGUUCCGUUCGCAGUUGGAAGGAAUUUGUUUAGCAGAUUUCGCAGCUUGGUACAGAUUUGUCAAGCGGAUUGCACGAUCUGCCGCUAAUCAUAGGGAAGACUAUGAUGAAGCAAAUGAUGUGGAGGUAGAUGACGAAGAUGAAGUUGCUGAGCAAAGUUAUCCACUGAUGGAUGGGUCUGGUUGCGUUAAGAAACGUAGGCAUCCCCUGAUUCUAAGGUGGGUUCGCUUUAGCAUAAACUCUUCACCUUGCGAUUAUUUCCGAGAGCAUUUAAUGCUCUUCUAUCCUUGGCGAAAUGAAGAAGCUGAACUUCUUUCCAACGACAUUGAAAACACAUUCCGAGUAAACCAUGAAGCCAUUAAGAUAAUGAAAAGGAACUAUGAUGUGUUUGAUGAUAUGGAGUUAGAAAGAGUUCUGGAAGAUUUGCAAGAGGAUAGGGGAGAUAAUGCUCCUGAUGCGGAAGAACCUGCCUCACAAUUUUUAGACGAAGAGUUUAGAGCUUUGGCUGUACCAAAUAUAGAGCGGAACUACCGAAAUCCUGAACGGGUUCGGGACGCCGCAGCGCGUACUAUUCGGCGAGAAGACACCGAGGAGCGGCGACAAGAGCAGGUGCAAAAUACUGCUGACCAUGCCACUCGGAGGAACAAUCCCGAAUUUCGAAUUUCAGAGCGGAUUCGGGACGCCGCAGCACGAGCUGCUCAUCGCGAGGACCCAGAGGAACGUGCAAGGGAACAGGAAAGGAACACUGGAGAGCACCGACAGCGACGAAGGGAUAUGGAAGACAGGCAGCGAGAACGGGAAAGGGACGCCGAUAACAGGAGAGCAACCAGGAGAAAUCCCAUCGCUAGAUCACAGGAGCAACGGAUAAACACAUCACAACGCCGGGAAACACGACAACAGCGGAGGAUUCGGGAAGAACAAAUUCGGCAAAUGGCAGAGGAUCGAUUAUUAAACUUUAGGAUGGACUCACAAAAUCGACUGGAUGCCUCCCAAAGGCAGUCGCAAAGAAACAUGGACGCAAGAGCUCAACUUUCGGAGGAUGAACUGGCACGGGAACGAGGACAACAGCGAAAUAGGAUUCGAUCAUCAGCGAGGGAUCUGUACCACAGGAACAUUAAGGAAGGCCCAACGGCUAUUUGUAUUUGCUGUGGAGGAACAUGGUUCCGUUCGCAGUUGGAAGGAAUUUGUUUAGCAGAUUUCGCAGCUUGGUACAGAUUUGUCAAGCGGAUUGCACGAUCUGCCGCUAAUCAUAGGGAAGACUAUGAUGAAGCAAAUGAUGUGGAGGUAGAUGACGAAGAUGAAGUUGCUGAGCAAAGUUAUCCACUGAUGGAUGGGUCUGGUUGCGUUAAGAAACGUAGGCAUCCCCUGAUUCUAAGGUGGGUUCGCUUUAGCAUAAACUCUUCACCUUGCGAUUAUUUCCGAGAGCAUUUAAUGCUCUUCUAUCCUUGGCGAAAUGAAGAAGCUGAACUUCUUUCCAACGACAUUGAAAACACAUUCCGAGUAAACCAUGAAGCCAUUAAGAUAAUGAAAAGGAACUAUGAUGUGUUUGAUGAUAUGGAGUUAGAAAGAGUUCUGGAAGAUUUGCAAGAGGAUAGGGGAGAUAAUGCUCCUGAUGCGGAAGAACCUGCCUCACAAUUUUUAGACGAAGAGUUUAGAGCUUUGGCUGUACCAAAUAUAGAGCGGAACUACCGAAAUCCUGAACGGGUUCGGGACGCCGCAGCGCGUACUAUUCGGCGAGAAGACACCGAGGAGCGGCGACAAGAGCAGGUGCAAAAUACUGCUGACCAUGCCACUCGGAGGAACAAUCCCGAAUUUCGAAUUUCAGAGCGGAUUCGGGACGCCGCAGCACGAGCUGCUCAUCGCGAGGACCCAGAGGAACGUGCAAGGGAACAGGAAAGGAACACUGGAGAGCACCGACAGCGACGAAGGGAUAUGGAAGACAGGCAGCGAGAACGGGAAAGGGACGCCGAUAACAGGAGAGCAACCAGGAGAAAUCCCAUCGCUAGAUCACAGGAGCAACGGAUAAACACAUCACAACGCCGGGAAACACGACAACAGCGGAGGAUUCGGGAAGAACAAAUUCGGCAAAUGGCAGAGGAUCGAUUAUUAAACUUUAGGAUGGACUCACAAAAUCGACUGGAUGCCUCCCAAAGGCAGUCGCAAAGAAACAUGGACGCAAGAGCUCAACUUUCGGAGGAUGAACUGGCACGGGAACGAGGACAACAGCGAAAUAGGAUUCGAUCAUCAGCGAGGGAUCUGUACCACAGGAACAUUAAGGAAGGCCCAACGGCUAUUUGUAUUUGCUGUGGAGGAACAUGGUUCCGUUCGCAGAACUUCAAGGAAUUAAUGAUAUUCCUUUUAUUGCGGACGAAUCUGAUCGCGAAGCAGUAG